AUGAAAUACGAAGCUUUACUGAAAAUCUCUUUACUGUUAGUUUUUAUUACACUUGUGGGUGCGAAACGGUGGGCAAGCCUCACAUUUUCCGAUCCUUGUUUGGAAAAGCGCAUGUGCCCAAACAAUGAAGAAUUCAUCUGCUGUGGACCGUGCGUCGAGCCGACCUGUUUCAAACCGAACCCCAGGAAAAAGUGUGGCAAAGUGUGCGUUGCGGGAUGCUUCUGCCAACCAAACUACAUACGUCGCGUAAUUGGGGGACCGUGUGUUUUAGCGGACAGUUGCCCACCGCUCAAGAAAGUUACUAAGACACCAUAA